CAGCACUGUUGGCCAACCAAUAGCAGGGUCGCCACGCCGCUCGAUGCUUCCAGAACCUUCCGACCAAAAUAUCACACGCCGCCCUUCACAGAUCUCUCUAGAAGCUUCCGCGCGCUCGUGCGCGUGCGCAUGGGACGAGGCUCCGCUAUUUUAACCCCGUGGAUCCUCCGCUUCCCCUCCUCGCAGAGAUCAGCACCCAAAGCCCUCGCUAAGUUUGCUCACUCACUGCCCAAACUCUUGCUCUUGCUCUUUGAACUGCGACCACAACCUGCUUGCUUAAAUUCCUCUACCAAUUUUACCAUUUCUCUUCGAUUUUUCAGUGAUUACCCAGCUGGGCCAUGGACUCACCUCCUUGUGUUGUUGUGAAAGAGGAAUUCCCGGGGGAAGAAGGGUCUGCUCCUCCUCCGGAGGGGGUGCGCCCGCACCCGGGCCCUCCCCGGCCGAUGGAGGGCCUGCACGAUGUGGGCCCGCCGCCGUUCCUCACCAAGACGUUCGACGUCGUCGACGACCCGGCCACCAAUCGCGUCGUCUCGUGGAACCGAGCCGGCAAUAGCUUCGUGGUUUGGGAUCCGCACGCCUUCGCCGUGAGCCUUCUUCCCAGAUACUUCAAGCACGGCAAUUUCUCCAGCUUUGUGAGGCAGCUCAAUACAUAUGGUUUCAGAAAGGUGGACACAGAUAGGUGGGAGUUCGCAAAUGAAGGAUUCUUAAGGGGCCAGAAGCAUCUUCUCAGAAUAAUCAAAAGGAGAAAACCGCCCUCAUGCCCUCCUUCAAGACAGCAACCUCCCAGCCCGUGCCUCGAGGUCGGUCAAUUUGGUUUGGAAGGCGAAAUCGACCGGCUAAAGAGGGACAAGAACAUCUUACUGGCCGAAGUAGUAAAGCUAAGGCAGGUGCAGCAGGCCACGAGAGCUAAUAUCGAAGCCAUGGAGGAUCGGAUACAAGGCACGGAGAAGAAGCAGCAACAAAUGAUGGCCUUCUUAGCACAUGCGAUGCAGAACCCUGACUUCUUCCAAAUGUUGGUUCAGCAGCAGGAUAAGAGAAAGGAGAUCGAAGAAGCUAUCUCAAAGAAAAGGAGACGGCCAAUUGAUAAAGCACCUUUCUAUGACGAGGGGGAAGCAAGCCCUGUUGAGGGUAGUGAAGCCCCAUUUCCUUUCGAAUUUGGUGAAAUCCCUGAAUUGGACAGUUUAGCACUUGAGAUGCUGGGAUCAGAGAAUAGUGUGGCGGAGGAGAUUGAAGGUGAACAUAAAGAAGGUGGGGACGCUGACUCGAACGAUGGAUUUUGGGAGGAGCUGCUGAAUGAAGGGAUUUGGAAGAUGGAGCGAAACUCAGACUUGGAGGGAGGAGAUGAUGACGAAGAUGUCGAUGUUUUGGUUCAGGAACUGGGUUUUCUCAAUUCUAAUAGCCUAAAGUAACAAUCUAUAUAUUAUUCAUUCCAGCUUGUAUUCCUAUGCCUCAAUCUGCUUUGUCAAUGCAUAGGCAGUAUGGACUGCUGAGACUAUGCGAGAUGGAGGAAGAGACUGGGGAGAUGAUUGACCUUUGUUAUAAUUUAUCUUCUUCGAUCAUAGUAUCUAUAUACUUUUAUUAUUUUUGAUUAAUCAGUUCUUCCGUUUUUUUCUUUUGAGUUCUCUAAUUGUUCUCUGAGCAGAUGAGCAGCUAAGGAAGCACCGAAGCAAGCUGUUCGGUUUCUGGGUGAGUUGCAAGAUCAUAGAUAUGAAGAUUCUGCAGAAAGGAACUCGCCUAUUAUGGUCAGUCGGUCGUAGACUUGAUGAUUCAGAAUUUUGCGAGGCUUAAAUGGCUUGGUUAUUGGUGAUUCAUUCAGGGUUAUUGAUGACUCAAGAAUUCUGCUGUUCCCUGUUUAGGAUUGUAAUAUGAAAUAGUGCUUGCUUGUUUGCUCAGGAACAAAGUAUCUUCUAUCAAUUUGGACUGGAACGAAGGGACUAAUGCUAAUGUUUAUGCGCAGUACCCCAGUUCAGCUAGCAUGUUAACCAUCACUCAUUUUUUAAGUUAUUUCUUUUCCUUUGGUCUUAUUACAUCUGGCCGUUUCUUUUAUUUUGUCUGCUUCAGAUUAAUUCCUGGAGAUACAUAUUGAGUACUGCCCAAUCGCGAUUUCUGUAUAAACGAUAUUAAUCAAAUGAAGUAAAUCACUUCCUUUGCCUCUA